GGGAAAGAACUCUCGAAGUGAACCGAGUGGGUGGACUACAAAAACCGGCCCCUUCCGGUUUUGUAAUUCUAGCAAGAUGGCGGCACCCAGGGCGCCCCUGCACCUGAUGGCGCCAGUAUGGAACCAGGGUACCAGGGGCAUCCAUGGCCUAAGCAAGGCUGUGGCCCCGGAGGACAGUCAGAGGAAGGGGAGGUCCCUGCUCCAGUUCCUGGCUGACCACUUCUAUGACGUGCAGGCCCUCAGGGAGUACCUGCUCCGAAAGCAGGUAUUGAAGGUGCACCAGAAAAAUCGGCCCUUCACCCACAUCAAGGAACGCUUUGGUCCCCACGCCGCGGGUGCCUAUUUCAUCCUGAAGCAGGGCGGCGCAGUCAAGUUUCAGGGCAAGGAAUGGAUCUGGCCAAACACCCGCGGCCGCUUCUCUCUUGACUUCCUGAAGUUCCCAGAGGUGCCUGUAGAGGCAGUCGAUGCCAGCGGGAGUGCCAUCAACUACCACGGCCUGGACAACCUCCUGGCCCUGAAGGAGCUCCAAUCCCUGUGGCUGCGGCACUGCCCCCACGUGGAUGACUGGUGUCUCAGCCGCCUCCACUCGCUGGCCAACUCAUUGCAGGAACUCUCGCUGGCCGGUUGUCCCCGAAUCUCUGAACGAGGCCUUGCCUGCCUCCACCACCUCCAGAACCUCCGCAGGCUGGACAUCUCCGACCUCCCUGCCGUGUCCAACCCGGGCCUCACGCAGAUCCUGGUGGAAGAGAUGUUGCCCAACUCUCUUUCCACAGGCUUCACUUUGGGUUCCAGCAGCCUCCCAGGCCCAGGGGAGAUGAGCAGCCCUAGGGGAGCCACACUCUAUGCCUCCUCCGGCCCUGUGACUUCCCCACACCCAGUUCCUGCCAUGUCGGGAAACCCUGCUCUUGACUUGUCCCAAGCGUCUUCUCAGCGUAGCCUUGUUUGAAGAUGUUACUGCUCCUUGCCAGGACCCCCUCUGACACAGGGGCGCCACCAGCCCGGUUCCCUGUGGGACACCGCUCAGCUCUCCGCCAACUCGCCAUCCCUGGACUCCACUUGCUGACGCCUGGCAUGCCCCACGGCCUCCAGUGUUGCCACUUACCCACUCACUGACUCCGCUCCAAAUCCAGCUUUCCUGUUUGCUCCGUGAAAACAGACCAUGGGCCUUUGAAACCAUUUUCCUAGGCCGAGUGACGUGCUGAAGUUUGUCGGUAGAGGGCGCCUGAGAGAGGACGGGAGAAAAGCCUUUGCUUUCAUGUGGGAGCUCUGCGUGCUCCUGGCUGAGCUCUCAAGCCUCCCCAGCAGGUGGUUCCUGAGAUGCCACCCCCAGCAGUCUUAGAGCGCCCCCGCCACUGAGGCACCUCCCUGCGAAGGGCUCUCCCUGCAACCCAGAACAGGGACUUCCAGGAAAUGCUGAGACACCUUAUCUGUGAGUCCCUGAUUUUAGUUCACUGUUAAACGUCAACAAAUUCUUGACAUUAAACUUGACCUGUUCGA